AUACCCAUAAUGUCUUCAAGAAAUCACAUGCGAAGGAGGCACAAGAAUUACUGGAAAACUUUUAACAAAAAGGCCGACAAAUGAGCAUCCUACUGAAAGGUCUUCUUUGUAGACAAGAGUUUCAAAGGGUCAAAGAGACUUUAUGAUCACAUUCCUUACUUCUGAGAAAACUUUGGUGAAAAGAUGAUACCAACGCCUACAAGAUUACGGAUGCAUUUAUAUGCCUUACAUAUGUACUGUUGGAAGCAUUUCCUGGAAAUUAAAAGCGACUUUGUACUCAGACAGAGAAAAUGAUACGAUAGGCUUGAAUGGUUUCUGCAAUCCUAUAUUCCCAAAUUUAAACUUAAGUAAUCUGAAUCUGUAACUUUCUAU